ACACCGUCAGCUUUCCCAACCACAAUCCUUUCCUCUUGUUUUCAGCCGGAAAACCCAAUCCAUCUCCAAUGACAGCUACCUGGAUCGACAAUUACAAGAGCCUUCUUAGGGUUCCCGGAAGCUGUUAAAACGUUUUGGAGGCCAUUAAGGUUGAUCCUCCGUCGGGAUAGCAAUUUCUCAAUCACCCGUAACUUUUUCACUUUAGCAUCAUCCUGUUUCCAAAACAUAUGCAGUGGGAGGAUCUCGGCUUUGUUCUCUACAAUUCGGAUCUGGCGGAUCAUAAAACCCAGGUCAUCGUCCGCCAUGAUUGGGAUGCUGUAGUAGUGGCGAAACAAGAUGAAUCUAUAGAGAUUUGGCACUCCCGAACAGAUGUGGCGAUUUUGCAGAGAAAGGAGAAGCACCAGGUUAUGGCACCUCAACUGGAUCGAUCGAAAAGCCCUGCCCAAAGACUUGAAGCAAAAAGGAAGACAAGUAGAGAGGCUCCGCUGCCAGAGAGAAGCCCCAAAGGAAGAGGCCCGCCGACUCCAACCCUUAGCCGGAGGAGUUUGGAGCACGGGAGGAAAAAAGUCCAUUGCUAUUUGAUUAUUUUAAAGGCUAUCCUGUUUUCUUUUUAAUAACGCUGAAGAAUGACAUUU